AUGGAGGACGUUUCAAGCCUGAUUUUACCUGUGCUGGCAGACUCUAGUCAACAAGCGGUCAAUCUGAAUUCGAACGAGAUUGUAGAACUGACGGAAGAGAUAUUCAUGCCCAUCAUGCUACCAAUGGAAUAUGGACACCUCAGCGUACACGAUAAUCCGAUCGAGUGCGGUUGCAGCAUGGCCUGGGUGGUACUCGGCUCGUUCUUCUUGAAUCGAAUCGGCGGAGAGUGCAAGGACGGGAUGGCCUUCCAGGACCUGGAUCCGGAAAUCUUUCAGGAUCUCUGCGUGGAGAGGGAUCCUCCCGAAGAAGGAGAUUAUUCCACGUGGAUCGCUUCUCGUCCGAUCGGAAGCGUUUCGACGCGACGGAAGAUUGAGGCUGGAUCCCAGAAGAGGUUAUCCUCUUGAGUCCUGUAUCCAUAUUGAUGAACACGGAUAUAAUAUCUAAUGUCCGAUAUUCAUUCAAGAGAGAGGAAUAUCUUGUGGUCAAUAAAUUUUGGCUUACGAAAGGAAA